UGUGAAACCAACCGGUUCUUAACUGGGGUAAGGCUGGAACCAGUUUGGAACUGGCCCUAGCACCAGCCCGGAACUGGCUCUCGGUUCUUUUUGGUGUGAAAGCGGCAUCUGAGAACCACUUCCCAAUAUACUGUAUUGUACUUGGCUUUAUUGGGCGGGAAAUCUGGUCCAAUCUGGCAACACUCUCGACAGGCGGACCUCACAGCCGGGUUGCAGCCGUGUGCUCCACGGUACCCCCAUGGUUGUUCUCCUCCCCACAGCUCAGCCCAACAUCGCAGUAUACUAACAGAGAUGGAGGCUCCUCCGGUCAGCGUCAUGCCCGUCACCGGGGGCUCCAUCAACAUGAUGGAGUAUCUGCUGCAAGGCAGCGUCCUGGACCAGGCGCUGGAGAGCCUCCUCCACCGGCUGCGGGGGCUGUGCGACAACAUGGAGCCGGAGACCUUCACGGACCACGAGCUGGUCUACCUGCUGAAGGGCCAGCAGGGCAACCCCUUCAUCCUGCGGGCGCGCCACUCCCUGUCGCACCCGGCCGCGCCCUGGCACCUGCGCUACCUGGGCCAGCCCGAGGUGGGCGACAAGAGCCGGCACGCGCUGGUCCGCAACUGCCUGGACGUGUCGGCGUCGCACAGCCUGCCCGACGUCCUGAACGAGAUGGGCUUCCGCAUGGACCACGAGUUCGUGGCCAACGGGCACGUGUUCCGCCGCGGCGCGCUGAAGGUGGUCGUGAGCAAGCUGUCGCGCGUGCUGGUGCCGGGCAACACGGAGAACACGGAGCGCCUCUCGCUGUCCUACCUGGUGGAGCUCAGCGUGCUGGCGCCCGCCGGCCAGGACACGGUGUCGGAGGACAUGCGCAGCUUCGCCGAGCAGCUCAAGCCCCUGGUGCACCUGGAGAAGAUCGACCCCAGCAAGCAGAGGCACUGAGGCCGGGGGGCCGGGGUGCCGGCCCUGCCCGGGUGCUCUGGGAUUGGCUCUUGACUUCUGAGAGGGCGGGGCUAGGGGGGUCGUGAUUGGUUGGAGUUCGGAUCUUUGGAUUGGUCCGUGGCGGCGUGCGCCGGCGACUUCAGAUUCAUAGUAAUAGAUUCAACCAUCUCUAUCGAUGUACCCUUGGUUUUUAUUACUAGUAUGUCAGUUUUUCCCUACACCCCUGUAGAAGCUCAGGGAUUAUUAAAGGGGGAGAAGAUAUUGCAUUAGUUUGUCUAUUCCCUUUGUAUAAUAUCAUGGCAUUUAAACGUUCAAAUGUCCAAUGCUUUACUUUCCCCCCAAAACAGGCUGGAAACACACGUCCUGGUACAAUGUGGAUGAUCUGCAUCACUGUUCCCAUGGUGACUAUGACAUGACAAGAGACGAUACGAUUUUAUUUUCUGAAGAAUCUUGUGUGUGCGUUCGUUCUCGAGCUUUCCUACGAUUUUUUUUUUACAAGUUAAUAAAAAAAAGACCCAAUAUA